AUGGAGCUGUCAAAGAGCGAAGAUCCUUCAGAUGAUCUGAAGAGGUUAAAUGAGGCACAUGGCCGAAGUAAACGGCCUGAUGAGCAAAAAUCAAAAAUCACCAUGAAUAAUGGAUUUGUGAAUGAACACAAUACUGAUGAAAGCCCAUCCUCACUGCCUGUGCCAGACACUAUGGAUAUUCUCCCUUCAGGGGUAAGUGACACACUCUCAGAAGGUCACAGACACCUCCGCAGCUCUGUUACAAGGAGCAAAACUCAUGAUUGCAUCAGAGGACUGGGACUGCAGCAAGCCAAGAACCCUGGAUAUAAAGAUGGGACCAGCUGGUGCCAUCACCAGAAGCUGCUUACCAGUGUCAGCUUUCCAGGAUUUGAGACGCCUCUUAGGUUGCUUCGUGAGAAUCAGGAUACAUCUGGCAGCGGUCAUGAAAGCAUUGAUUAUCGUAACCUUACACCUCAAGUGCCCUUUGUGCCCUGCAUAGCCAAAUCCAUUCCAAAAAAGAGGAGCUCUCUGAGGAAACCUAGAAAGGCUAUUAAGGACUUGUUUGUUCACAAAAGUUACAAAAAUGAGAAAGCUACGCCACCAAGUACACCAAGUCGUGUUUUUGGUGAAAAUGCUCCAAUGUUAAUGCGGACAAGAAAAGCAGCAAGACACAGAAAGUGUAGCACUGCAGGGAGCAGGUGUAAUGAUGAACUCAGUGAGACGCCCUCUGAUUCUUCCAGUGAAUCUUGUGCUAAUGUCUGCGAGGAUGCUGCCUCGUUAAAAAGCUUUGGAUCUCAGGCUGGUUGUGGUGAGAUAUUUGCUGAUGAUCUUGUAUCGCCUGAUGGGGCUCUUAACUCUCAGCAUGACAGUGUUGCUUGUGAAGCUCCAAAGCAAAGUCCUACUACUUUGGGCAUCCAGGGAGGAACAGAGUGUCUGGCCUCUCCAGCCAAUGCUGAUGUACUGGACAUGUUUGGGUUGUGGGAAACUCUGAACAGAACUUUGCUUUCAGAGCAAAGUUCAAAAGCAAUGGGACCAGCAACAAAAACCACAACACCAAUCACUAUAUCUCCUUCCACAACCAAGUCUGCAGAUAUAACAGCCAGUACACCUCAUCCUGUAGAACCAGAGAUCAAGGAACUUAAUGCUAAAGUGAUAACACCCAAAAGUGACAACCAAGGGAACACCAGUGAUGAGGGCUACUGUGAUUAUGUUUCUCCUGGUUAUGAGGACCACAGCAGAAGUUCCCUCACUCCAGUGCAUUCCAGCAAGAUCCCUAGGGACACGUACAGUGGGGAUGCUCUUUAUGAGCUAUUCUGUGACCCCAGCGAUGCAGAGAUUACCCCAAUAUUUGAUGAUGAGAUUGAUCUAACAGACAGCAUUGUUGGCCAGUGCAGUGAUCUUCCAUUAUCCAUGUACAGCUUUCGUGUUGGAGCAGAGGAGAAUCUUGCCCCAUCUUUGGCCCGGGACUUUGUUGGACAAGAGCUCCUGGAAAGUAAAUGGAUGGGGAAGGAUUGCCUACUAAAGCUUUGUGACACUGAGAUAUCUCUGGCUAUGGGUGUAGUUAAUUGGAUAAACCAAAGGACCGACAAAAGCAACCCAUCAGAACUGAGAUCUUCACAGAAGAAUGGCGAAGAAGGUGGGGAUUUAUGUCUGAGAUGCAAAAGUAAGUCAGCGAGGGUUAGAAGACCUCCAAGAAGAGUAAGAACUGUUAAUAGCAUAAGAGAUGCAGCUAAAUUCAAAGAGCCAAGUCAGCGAGGUGUACAAGCUCUGCCCUUAAAAUGUGAUACAAACACAGUGAUGUCAUCCCUGGCCUCUCCACAGAGUCAGCCCAAUACCCCAACAAGUGGCGUGUGUUUCAGGAUAUUCAAUAUCGACUCUCCUAUGACUCCAGGUGGAGAUUUGCAGUCCCCGGUGGUAAGCUCCCCUGGCUCUGGGAUAAGGUCUUUGUUUGUGUUGGCUGUAAACAAGGAAUCUCUUUGUGAAUCUUGCAAGAGUUCCCUGAAAAACGGAGCUAAAGAUUUGCACCUGUGCCGUUCUUGUAUGUCCCUCAUUGAGCACAUCAAGACUUCAGACCUUUGGGCCCGUUCCAGUUUGCCCAGGUCCAAUCUAACUCCACAGCCAAUUACCAGAGACUUACUAUCUCCCGCAAGCACAUGUGGAAUAGGAAGUGACAUCAGUAUAGCUUCCCUUGUUGAGCAGUGUGCCAGUCAGUUUUCUUCUAUGAAGAUCAACUUGACUCAAGCUCACCCAAGAUGUGAGAUAAGAGAUGCUGUUGUGCCUGAGCAAGUGGUAAAAAGGAACAAAGAGCACUCUCAGAAAUACCUAAAGUCAAAGCACAAGAGAAGGCCAGUGGCAGCUAUAGAGAGAGGCUUGCAUGCUAGACAUCGCUUGGGAAGAUCUAGCUUUUCUGAAGAUGUGAAACAUUCUCUUUUGGAGGCUGGAGGACUUGGCUUUGUCUCUACCAGUUCUUCCAAUGAUUUGGUUUUGGAAACAUACACUUCAUGUACUGUUGAAUCUGGUGACACGGAUGUAUCUCAAGCAACCAGGCCUACAUCUCUUCCUCUUGUGGCCUCUUCUGAGUUUUCUUGCAGAGAGGGCUUGGUGAAGAUGGAAGGGGGAAACUCAGCCAAAAAGACAAAUAAGCUAAGACAUCGCAAGAAGUCUGCUGUGAAUCAUGAGGGAUCAUGCAGUGUCUUUCCAGGGGACAGGAAAGUGGAACGCAGAUCCAGAAUGAAGAAGGGAAACGCAUAA